AGCCUGGACAACGACUGAGGCAGGGGUAGCUGGCCAGUCCACGUUGGAUCUCAGCAUUUCCUGGGGAGACAAUGAACUCCACGGAGGGCUAUGAGGAGUACUCUGACUCGAUCUUAUCUGUGUCUCCGGACGACUUGCCCUUAUCGGUGUCUCCAGACGACGCGCCGUGCUCCUUGCAGGAGGUCAGAGAGUUCACCAGGGUAUUUGUGCCGAUCGCCUACUCUUUAAUAUGUGUCUUUGGCCUUCUGGGCAACAUCAUGGUAGUGAUGACCUUUGCCUUCUACAAGAAGGCCAGGUCCAUGACUGAUGUUUACCUGUUGAACAUGGCCAUCACAGACAUACUGUUUGUCCUCACUCUGCCAUUCUGGGCAGUGACUCACGCCACCGGCACUUGGGUUUUCAGCAAUUCCCUGUGCAAACUGAUGAAAGGCAUCUAUGCCGUCAACUUUAACUGCGGGAUGCUGCUCCUAGCCUGUAUCAGCCUGGACCGGUACAUCGCCAUCGUCCAGGCAACCAAAUCUUUCCGGGUCCGAUCCAGAACGCUGGCACACAGCAAGAUCAUCUGUUUGGUGGUGUGGGCCAUAUCAGUCUUCAUCUCAAGUCCCACGUUUAUCUUCAACAAGAAAUACCCGUUCCAGGGUGGAAUAGAAGUCUGUGAGCCCCAGUACAAGUCUGUCUCGGAGCCCAUCACCUGGAAGCUGCUGGGGCUGGGGCUUGAGCUGCUUUUCGGCUUCUUCAUCCCUCUCCUGUUCAUGGUAUUCUGCUACCUGUUCAUCAUCAAAACCUUGGUGCAGGCCCAGAAUUCUAAAAGGCACAGAGCUAUCCGCGUGGUCAUCGCUGUGGUCCUUGUGUUCCUAGCUUGCCAGAUCCCUCACAAUGUGGUCCUGCUCAUGACUGCAGUAAACACGGGCAAAAUGGACCGGUCCUGCAGCGGCGAGAUCCGCCUCGCCUACGCCAGGAACGUGGCUGAGGUCCUGGCUUUCCUCCACUGCUGCCUCAACCCCGUGUUGUACGCAUUUAUUGGACAGAAAUUCAGAAACUACUUCGUGAAGAUCAUGAAGGAUGUGUGGUGUGCGAGGAGAAAGAACAAGGUGCCGGGCUUCCUCUGCGCGCGGGUGUACUCAGAAAGCUAUGCUUCCCGGCAGACCAGCGAGAUCAUGGACAACGAGAAUGCUUCAUCCUUUACCAUGUAA